AUGUCCAACCCUAAAGAGCGCAACGAUGACGGCCGCUUGUCGCCAUGCGCCUCCGUCGAACCUUCGUUGAUGUCGACGCGGACGGAAGACCACAAUGACCUAUAUGAUCAUAGGCAGCACCCGGUAGCGAUCGCACGGAAGCAGUCGGUAGCAGACGAUUCUGGACCGAUGGGGCGGAACGUCUUGACAAACCCUCGGGGGUCGAGCGAGAAGCAGAAGUCUCGAGAAGAAAACUCGCAGGCAAGGCUUGGCAGGAUCAGAAGUGGAAAGCUGGUUGACGAGUCUCAAGAUGAGUACCCUGAGCAUGUAAGGCCGAUACCACGUGCCACCGUGAGCAAGUCGUCUGCGGGUUGGCCUGCACGCGCGCCGCACUCUGCCUCUCAGCAGACGCUGUAUGGGUUUCCAAGAGAAAGAGCCGACACGGAGAAGGAUGCGGGGGUUUCUGGGACUGACGGGGGGCUAAAGUCGCGGAGAGGAUCGCGGACUCUUUCGAUCGUUGAUACUGGUCUGAGACGCAAGAUGUCCCGGGCACAGUCUGAAACUUCUUCGCAGGGGGGCAAUCUUCACUUCUUAUCCAGGACAUUUUCUCACAAGUCUCAGGACUCAGGCUUGGUCAACGUUAGACGGAAUCGGAGGAUGUCCGCGGACAGCGAUGACUCGAAUGCGUCGCGCGAGUCCCAAGAAACGGAGGAAGAUGUCUGCUUUCCUAUGCAACAGCCAGAGCAUACCCGUAUAAACGGCAUCGACUUCGAUGAGUUGGAGGAGUUUGCUCAAGAGUCUUUGCGUGCUAACCUCACGAUGAACAUCAAUGUGGGUGUUUCCAAGGGCGAUGAUGUUGAUAUGAAGUGUAGUGGGAGCCCUGGUUCUUCGACUGGUACAUCUACUUCGAUUUCCUCUGCUGCGAUGAAGUAUACCCCCAAAGGGAACUUCAAGCAAAAGGACUCUUCUAAUGAAACCGCACCUGGUAUCUCAUUUGGUAACAACAAAGUUGAAACGGGUGAGUAUCUCCCCAUGAAUGAUUUAUCGAGUUAUGCGAACGAAUCUGCGGCGUAUGACACGAUGGACAAUGGCAAUAUACCAGCAGACAAUUAUAAAAUACCUGAUAGAUUUUCGUUCUUCUGUUCCGAGGCAGGAGAGACAGUCCAUGCCCCUGAUAUCCCAUCUCUUGUACAGGAUGGAGAAACCUUCCGUGAACUAUUUAGAGAUGGUGCCGUUACCUGGUGGCUUGACUGCUCCUGUCCAACUGAUGAAGAAAUGCGUUGUAUCGCAAAAGCUUUUGGAAUCCAUCCCUUGACUGCCGAAGAUAUUCGGAUGCAAGAGCCACGGGAAAAAGUUGAAUUGUUUAAAUCAUACUACUUUGUGUGUUUUCAUACUUUCGAAAAUGAUCCGGAAUCUGCAGACUUUUUGGAGCCCAUCAACAUGUAUAUUGUUGUCUUCAGAAAUGGUGUUUUGACCUUUCACUUUAGCCCAGUGUCUCACUCCGCCAAUGUCAGACGCCGUGUUCGCCAGUUGAGGGACUACGUUGAUGUGAAUUCAGACUGGAUCUGCUAUGCAUUGAUCGAUGAUAUCACUGAUAGUUUUGCUCCAGUAAUUCAAACUAUUGAAUACGAAGCCGAUGUCAUAGAAGAUUGUGUUUUCAUGACUGGUGAUCUGGACGUCUCUAGGAUGCUACAAACCAUUGGCGAGGGGAGAAGGAAAACCAUGACGUUGAUGAGAUUGUUAAGUGGAAAGGCAGACGUUAUUAAAAUGUUUGCUAAGCGUUGUCAAGAUGAAGCAAACGGUAUUGGUCCCGCUCUAACCUCCGAGAUAAACAUUGCGAACUUGCAGGCUAGCGGACACGACCCUCUGUCUGCCAGGCUAGGCUCGAACAUACAACAUCAUCAUGUCCAGCGCACUCAACCAAGAGCUGAUAUAGCGCUCUAUUUGGGAGAUAUUCAGGACCAUGUCCUCACGAUGUUUCAAAAUUUACUGUCCUAUGAGAAGAUUUUCUCCCGUUCACAUGGUAACUACUUGGCACAAUUGCAAGUUGAGUCCUUCCGGUGUAACAAUCGUGUUACUGAAAUGUUGGGAAAGGUCACUAUGAUUGGAACAAUGUUAGUUCCUUUGAAUCUUGUUACGGGUCUAUUUGGGAUGAACGUCACUGUCCCAGGUGAAGCAACCGGAGAAUUGCACUGGUUUUUCGGUAUUCUGGCCAUUUUGGUAGGAUCCGCUGUUGGUCUCUGGUUUUUGUCUUCAUGGUGGAUAUCCAAGGCUAACUCUCCGAGGAGUUUGAACGAUACUGUCAUGUCUGGCACUAGGUCAAUUCUGAACUUUGCCCGCAGAAACAGGAACGAUCAAUGUAGACCUGAAGGCAACAAGUCAGUUAUAAGUUGCCCAAGUAAGUACGCUCGUUACUACUAG